AUGAAUGCAGGACUUUGGUCCAUUUUAAGCGAUGCAUUUGGAGGACGAGUAGGUAUUAGCGGUGAUGCCCUACUCGAUUCUAGCGGUGAUGCAGAAGAAGAGGAAACAGACGACAAAGAAUCAAAGAGGAUGUGGGAGCAAAGGCCAAUCCACCUCCUGUUGCGCAACUUGCCACGGCGCCGCAAGGUGGCAUGGAGACAAUCGCAGCAUCGCUGGGGUCCCGUCCUACUGGGAAGACCACUUCCGCUCGCUGACUGCUGUACUGCUGCAGCAUUACGAAGAGACACGUCGCUUCCAAGAGAUGCAGCUUCAAUUGUUACAGGGGUUAGUGACGAAGAAGAACGAGUAGAUAGCAUAUGA